GCGUCAGGUACAGGUACAGGUGGGAAAUGAUAGAGGUCCAAACAUUUAUGAAUUUUAACUUAUAUGCGAAUUCUCAGCAUGGAAAAUGUUGUGUGCCGUUUAUCUAAUGUUACCCUGCUGCAAAUAGAAUGAGUUUUGUAUCACCGGCGAAACCACCAAAAAAGAAGAAACGAACGAAAUCAAAAAAGGGGGGACAGGAAGACAACAUGGCGACCAAUAUGCCGGGACCACCUAGCCAAUCGCAAAUCACGCCGAGUAUGUCUAACAUGUGUUCGAACACCGUUCCAAUGCAAUACUCAUCCAUUCCUUCACCGUCUAUGCAACCACCGCAAGGCUUUGUAAGUAUGAACCCUACUCAAAUGCAUGUACAGCCUAAUUUUCAAUCGAACAUUCAAUCGAACAUUCCUGUUACGAGUUCAGGUGUACCGCCACAAUGGGCAAUGGAAAUCUUCAGUAGACUAGACGGAAUCUCACGUCGUUUAGAAAAGCUAGACUCAAUUGAAAGUUCUUUAAUUACUAUGCAAAACCAGGUUAAGUCACUUACUUCUAGAGUUUCCGAAGUCGAAAAAAGUCAAGAGUUCAUAACUAAAACAGUUGAUGACAGUGACAAAAAUACCAGGAAAGCCCUUAGUGAGAUAAACAAUCUAAAAAUAGCACUUGAUGACUCAAUGUAUGCGAACUCUCUCAUGAAAGAAGAAAUACUGGACUUACAAUGUCGCUCCAUGAGAGAUAACCUAUUGUUCUAUAAUAUCAAGGAACCCUCUGGCGAUGAAACCGAAGAUUGUGUUAGCAUUAUUCAAGACAUUUGUAGUUCCGUAUUGGAAAUCGAGGGAAAAGUCGACAUCGAGAGGGCGCACAGAAUCGGAAGAAAGGUUACUGGUAAGAUACGGCCUGUUGUUGUAAAAUUUACAAGAUUUCCACAGAAAGAACUAGUCCGUAAAAAUGCAUUCAAAUUGAAAGAAUCAGAAUUAUCAAUUUCGGAGCAGUUCCCCAAAGAAAUUCAAGAAAGAAGAAAAAAACUACUACCCGUGUUAAAAAAAGCAAAGGAUGACAAAAAGAAGGCAUCUUUGGUGAAGGACAAGCUUUACAUUGAGGGGAAGCUCUACCGACAGGAUCAAGCGAUGGACAUAGCAGAACACAGGGGACCACAGCGAAGUUAGGGGUGUCCGGAGAAUGAUCAUCCCCUAAAGAUAAUCGGAUGGAACAUUAAUGGUGGUUUUGAAAAUAAAUGGAAUUCCCUAAAACAUUUUUUAUGUACAUAUGAUAUUAUAUGUUUAUCCGAAUGUUGGUUACAUAAAGAUUUUUCUUUGGAUGUGGAAGAUUUUCACACAUAUGUCUUUCCACGAGAUUCAAGAACUAUUCAAGGAGGGGGGACAGUUAUUUUGAUAAGAGAUACAUUUGUGCCAUAUGUCUCAAUAGUUGAUUCCUUAUAUGAUGCUAUAAUUUGGUUCAAAAUUGAUAAAUCCCUGUGUGAUCACAACAAUGAUAUUUAUUGCGCAUUUACAUACUUACCUCCUAUUAAUUCUACUUUUUUGAAAUGCAACAAUUGUGAUAUAUUUAAUGAAUUAGAAAAUUUUUUGUGUAGUUUCCAAGAUCUGGGUGAUGUUUUUAUCUUUGGAGAUCUAAAUAGUAGGACACGAUCACUGCCAGACUUUAUAGAAGAUGAUAUACUUCAUGAGGACGUUUUGGAUAAUUUAUUUACCUACACAGCUGAUAGUCAGUUACCUGUUAGAGUGAACCCUGACACCGGUCAGAAUGAAUACGGAACAAGACUAUUGUCGUUAUGUAAGACCACGGGACUCCGUAUUGUCAAUGGAAGACACAAAGGCGGUCACGCAAAUGAUUUCACCUUCAAUGGGACACGUGGACUCAGUACAAUCGAUUAUCUGCUAUCUCCUGUACAUAUGUUUGAUCUCUUUGUUAAAUUCAUUGUGUGUAAUUUUAAUGCUUUUUCUGAUCAUGCACCGCUGCACAUAGAAUUGCGCAUUAAGAUGAAAGAUCACCAAAACCGAAGUCCAGCCGAUUCACAUCAAUACACCCAACGGAAACGUUCACACUGGAAUGCGGAAGCGCUCGAAUCGUGCAAGGAGUCCAUUCUGUUAAAUCAACACAAAUUUGAAGACUGUUUCAACAUUGAUAAUAUAUGUGUACAAUCUGA